UAAAUCACAGUAUUGCAAUUUGCAGCAAGCCAGUUUAUUUGAGAGCCUCUGCUUAGGGAACGAACGAAGGAAGAACGCAGAGCGACACAAAUCCGAGACUAAGGCUUCUAGAUUCGUCAAUUGCAAAAGGAGGAGGCGUAUUUUUCUGUAACACUAUUCCCAAUUUGGAGCAGUGGUUUGAAAGGUUUUGAGAGUUAGGGGCCGAAGUUUGAUUGAAAAAUGCUUCAGAUUCGGCUUAGUAAGGCUCCUGCAUCAGAAGGGUCGGCAGGGGUGAAGCUGUCACCUGUUGAGACUGUUACAGUUGCAUGCCCUGACCAUCUGGUCCUUGCUGAUCUUCCUGUUGCAAAGGGCAUUGGUGCAGCCACUGCUGCUUCCCUUGUUAAGACUUCGGGCCGCAGGUCCCGCCGCCAGCUUGGGGAGCGGGUCCAUUUCUGUGUUCGCUGUGAUUUUCCCAUUGCCAUUUAUGGACGGCUGAGCCCUUGUGAACAUGCCUUUUGUCUGGAUUGUGCUAGAAGUGAUUCAAUGUGCUACCUGUGUGAUGAAAGAAUCCAGAAGAUUCUAACAAUCAAAAUGAUGGAAGGAAUCCUCAUUUGUGCCGCUCCUCAUUGUCUCAAGUCUUUCUUGAAGAAAGCUGACUUUGAAUCUCAUAUCCAAGACAGCCAUGCCAACCUUCUUCGACCCAAUGCUGAUAAAGAAGAUGGAAACGAGUCAGAGGCACAGAGCGUUAGGCAAUCUACAGCUUCAGAUUCCACUGCUCGAGGUCCCCAAAGACCAGUUUUUUCUCCUGGUUCAAAUUCCCAGCAACAUGAUCUGGAAGACAAAACUCGUAGACAGACACCUAGAGAGCAACCACCUUCAAGGCAAACCCUGCCGCAAAAGCCACCAUAUUUUGGCCAACAUCACCCUUCAGAUACCAUGUCCGGCUCUGUUGGAGGUGGACAACAGGGCUUUCAUCAACAGAGUUUUGACAUGCAGCAUCCCCCUCAAGAACCUUCCCAGUUUGCUGACAGGCAACAAGCAGUGGGUCCAGAGACCCCAUUCCCUGAGUAUCCAACAAUGCACCCUGCACAACCUUCCAAUGUUCCCUCAUUGGUUACUUCAAACCCAAUGCUGAACCCUCCUAUGCCAUUUGGUUAUCCCCCUUACCCAAACGAACGAGGUCAACCAUUUUAUACUGCUCCAUAUGACAUGCCUAGGCAAGACUCGGCCGCUGAUAUAGGUGGGGACCAGAGUUCAUUAUUGGGUUUUCCACAAGGUGGGCCAAAUUUUCCAGGAAACUAUCCCCAGCCCUGGAAUUCAGGAAUUGGUGGUGUGCCUUUUGAACAAGGACAGGGUGGUAUGGUUGUGGAUCCAAGGGAUGGCAAAGGUAUAUUGGCACCACAACCCAUGCCCCUCCCACCACCACCCCCACCUCCACCUCACAUGUCACAUUUGAAACAAAACUACUAUUCUGGGGAGCAUGGGCAUGAUGGUCAGGGUUAUGGGUGGCAGCAUGAUAACCGUGAUAGCUUUGGUGGCCAAAGCUAGUAAGGCUUCCCCAAUCAUUACUUUCUCGGAUUAUGUUUGGUUACUUUUGAGGAUGUUUCUGCAACAAGCAUACUCGUCUCAUGCAUCAUUCAAAUCGCUAAACUGCUAUUAAACUGUUUACUUUUGGACGUGAUAUUGUAUUUGUAUAUUUUAAUUGAAUUGAGUUUUUCCAUUAUCAUUUACCAAAGGUAAUGAAAAGUUUUAUGCCCUGUUUGGUACUA